AUGUUUGGAUCUGAGUACGACACGACAGGGCCAUUCUUUGGUCUCCACAAUGGUGACGAUGUUCCUUGUGCUGUUUGCAGAAGCACAGUGGAAUCCAGUGUUCUAAUGAUACCUGGGAAGAACAGCUGCUACAGCGGAUGGACGAUGCAGUACCACGGGUAUCUCGUCUCCGGAAACCAUGACCAUAAAUCAGCAACAGAGUAUAUUUGUCUUGAUGAACAUCCCGAAGCCCUUGUUGCAGGGGGAGCAGACCAAGAUGGAAAAGCAAAUAUGGAAAAAAGGAUUUUACUUAACGAUCCGGACUUGAUACACUCUCAGAUUCAAGCUUUGGAGAGAAAAGUCCAGGACACGAUGGCGAAAUAUACUGAUCUGACGACAAAGUACAACACUUUGCUGACCAAAACGAAUGCUGGCGGAAUAUUUGUUCGAUGGGGACGAAAAGAAUGUCCAGGAAAUAAUACUGAGCUUGUUUACUCAGGCUUCGCUGGCGGUUCCUGGUAUUACCACACUGAAGCGGCAGCUGAAUAUGUCUGCCUCCCUCGUGACCCCGACCUUACAACAAAAUUUUCUUCAAGUGAUGCCUUAAUGUACGGCUCGGAAUACGACUCAGGUGAAUUUGGCCAGGCGAGUGGCAACGAUGUCCCAUGUGCAGUUUGCCGAAGCAUGGUAGAAUCUACCGCUCUGAUGAUUCCUGGCAAAUCUUCCUGCUACGACGGCUGGAGCAUGCAGUAUCACGGAGACCUUGUCGCUGGAGCAUACUCACAUAAAGCGGCAAGCCAGUAUAUAUGUCUCGAUGAGCAUCCGGAGACUUUGACAGCAGGGCAGGAUGACCAUGACGGAAAACUAUUUUAUCCAGUUAAAGCUAUGUGUGGCUCUCUAGCUUGUCCUCCCUAUCACAACAAUAGAUAUCUUACAUGUGUUGUCUGCACUAAGUAAAUGA